AUGACUCUCCUCUCAUCAACCCCCAAAGCUGCCCCAAUCGUGGUCAACGGGACUUCCUUCGCCCUCAAUGGAAAAAAUGUCUCGUACCGCUUCCACGUCGACUCUGAGACUGGAGAUCUCCUCCUGGAUCAUUUUGGCGCACCGGUAACAGAAGACCCCAUCGCUCAAAUCAAGUCCAACGGCGGCGGCUGGUCCACCCAAGCCCAUCUCCGCCGUGAAUUUCCCGACCUCGGCCGAGGCGACUUCCGCACUCCAGCAGUACACAUCAAGCACGCAAAGGGCUUCACAGUGUGCGAUUUCAAGUACAAAUCUCACAACGUCAUCAAGGGGAAACCUGCCCUUGAGAAACUUCCUUGUACUUUUGGUGCAGAGGAAGAUGUUGAGACGCUUGUCGUGACGUUGCAGGAUGAGCAUAGUUCUGUGGCGGCUGAGUUGAGUUACUCGGUGUUUCCCAGACUUGAUGCUAUUGUGAGGAAUGUGAGGGUUGUUAACAAUAGCGAUGAUGUGAUUGUUGUUGAGAAGCUGGCUAGUUUUUGUGUGGACUUUCCGAAUGAGGAGUAUGAGAUGCUGCAGCUUCAGGGAGAGUGGACGAGAGAGUGUAAUAGGACUCGCCGAAAGGUCGAGUACGGAACGCAAGGAUUUGGAAGCACCACUGGAUACUCCUCUCACUACCACAAUCCCUUCCUAUCAGUCGUAUCUCCCACAACAACAGAAUCCCACGGCGAAGCAUGGGGUUUCUCCCUCGUCUACACAGGCUCUUUCAACGUCGAAGUCGAAAAAUCCCAUCAAGGCCUCACCCGUGCAGUCGUCGGAAUGAACCCCUGUCAACUCUCCUGGCCCUUGAAAUCCGGCGAGACACUCCAAUCGCCAGAAUGCGUCUCCGUCUUUUCCAAUCUCGGCAUCGGCGAGAUGUCACGCAAAUUCCACCGUCUCUAUCGUCAGAACCUCAUUCGAAGUAAGUUCGUCAACCAGCCACGACCGGUCUUGCUUAAUAGCUGGGAAGGUCUUUACUUCAAUUUUGAUGAGAAGACCAUCUACAAACUUGCGCAGGAGACUGCCAAGUUGGGCGCUAAAUUGUUUGUCCUUGAUGAUGGGUGGUUUGGAGAUAAAUAUCCUCGUGUUGAUGAUCAUGCUGGUUUGGGCGACUGGGUUGCUAACCCCAAGAGAUUUCCCAACGGAUUAGGGUCUCUUGUGGAGAGUGUCAACAAGCUCAAGGUUGCUGAAUCAGAUGAGAAUUUGCAGUUCGGUCUGUGGGUUGAACCUGAGAUGGUCAACCAGAAAUCUGAACUGUACGAAAACCAUCCUGAGUGGGUUCUCAGCGCGGGUACAUACUCACGCAGUGAGACCCGUCAACAACUCGUCCUCAAUGCAGCGCUUCCCGAAGUUCAAAACUACAUCAUUGACUCAAUGACCAAGAUUCUUGAAUCUGCGCCUAUCAACUACAUCAAAUGGGACAACAACCGUGCUAUGCACGAAAGUCCCACGCCAGACAACCAUCACGCUUACAUGUUGGGUAUAUAUCACGUCUUCGAGGUCCUAACAACUCGCUUCCCCAACGUUCUAUGGGAAGGCUGUGCUUCUGGCGGAGGCCGUUUUGACCCUGGUAUUUUGCAAUACUUUCCUCAGGUCUGGACGUCUGAUAACAUGGAUGCUUAUGAUCGCAUUCAUAUCCAAUUUGGUACAUCAUUGGUGUACCCACCUUCAUCUAUGGGCGCACACGUCUGUUCUGCCCCGAACGACCUUACAGGACGAUCCCUGCCCAUGCGCUUCAGAGCUCACGUUGCUAUGAUGGGAGGCUCUUUCGGCUUUGAGCUCGAUCCGGAUCACACACCUGAGGAAGACAAGGCGCAGAUCCCCGAGCUUAUCGCUCUUGCGGAGAAGAUCAACCCUAUUAUCAUCAACGGUGACAUGUGGCGUUUGGUCUUGCCUGAGCACUCCAACUUCCCUGCUGCAAUCUUUGUCUCGGAUGAUGGAAGUCAGGCUGUGCUCUUUGCGUUCCAGAUUAGAUCGACUACUGUGACGAAUUAUCCUUUACUGAGAUUGGCUGGUCUUGACUCUGCUGCGAGGUAUAAGCUUGAUGGUGGGGAGACUUAUUCUGGUGCGACGUUGAUGAAUGGUGGUAUUCAGUAUCGAUUUGGUACGGAUUAUGAUAGUAAGGUUGUUUUGCUCGAGAAGGUCUGA